UGGUCGACUGUACCCAGCCUGAUGACAUUGCCAAGCGGCAGGUCAGUGUUCACUACUACUGUUUACCAGUCUGUGGUGCAGUACAGCUGUAACACUCCUUUCUACGUGAUGGAAGGCCCUGGAGAUGGAAAGUAUACCUGUGAUGCUGAUGGUUACUGGAAAAAUGUCAAUGGCCACAAAGUACUUCCAGUGUGCAUUCCUUCUUGUGGCCAGCCAAUGAGUGGGAAGCUUGCUCGGAUUAUAGGAGGCACUAAGGCAGAAAAGAAUGAACUUCCAUGGCAAGUGCUAGUGAUGGUGGGGCCUGAUUUCAAAGGAGGUGCAGCUCUUCACGAUUACUGGGUCCUGACAGCUGCACACGUGCUACAGGAUUAUGGAGAUGUGUCCAAUGUUCAAGUGAAAAUGGGUUUAAUUAACAGAUUUGAUGAUACUGAUGCAGUAAUAAGAAGUGCAGAAAAAAUAUUCAUUCAUGAAAAAUACAAAGGUGAUAAUGUUAAUUAUGACCAUGACAUUGCUAUGAUCAGACUGAAAAGUAGUGUACCAAUGUCAGAAAGCACCAUGCCUAUCUGCUUGCCAGGAAAGCAGGAAAGAUUUUUUCUCAAGGCUGAAGAUAUGGGACUAGUGUCUGGCUGGGGAGUGACACGCAAAUCAGGAUUAGGUAGAGGUUCUAAUUCUCUCCACUAUGUGGAAUUACCAGUAGUGGAUUUUGAAAAAUGCAAGGAAGCUUAUAAAGGCAAGGUGUCCGCUGACAAAGAACCGCUCAUCAUCACUGAGAACAUGGUAUGUGCAGGGCUGCCACAAGGAGGGAAGGAUUCUUGUUCAGGAGAUAGUGGAGGGCCUUUUGUUUUCUAUGAUGAGGAAGACAAGAAAUGGUUUAUCGGUGGCAUUGUCUCCUGGGGAUUAGAAUGCGCCAAAGCUGGCCAAUAUGGCUUGUACACUAAAGUCACCAACUACCUCUCAUGGAUUGAUGAUAUCAUUUCCAAAAAUAAGUGAAGUAACAGAUCAGUCUUUGAGAUAAAAAAUACAGUGACAUUUUGAUUCAAGAAUUACAUGUUGACUAAUGUUGAACAAGAAGUAUACCUUUUAUUCUAUAAUCACCUUUUUCUUUCUGAACUGACUGUAGUAACAAUGGAGGUAUAAUGACAGACAAAUCAAAUGCUUGUUUUUAAUGUUUAACAACAAAUAAAAAGAUAUUUAUACAUA